CCUCACGUGAUAAGAAUAAAAAUUAACGGAGUUCGUCAUGGCCGCCAAAGCUUUCACACUGGUAUGGCUUCUAUUGCUAUCGUUUUCAGCAAGUGUGCCGUUUGUUGCUGGAGGUGAACUGAGCUUCCUUGCCUUAGGUGACUGGGGAGGAAAUGAAUUAAAGCCAUACACCACUCCGUUCGAGAUGGCCGUGAGCAAAGGCAUGAGCAAAAUCGCCGAAAAUCUGGAAACGCAGUUUAUUGUUGCCCUGGGUAAGUUGACAGGUUCAGAGUAAAAAUGAAUUCAAUGAUUAUCUACUGUUCACCCUUAGUUGUCAAUAGACUUAUGCAUGAUUUGCCAAAAAACUUUUUCCGAUUAGAUCACUCCCUCAAAGGAGUUCUACUUCAAGGCACUUCAGCUGAUUUAUUUACCGAUUUAAUAGGAUUAAUUAAUAGAAAAGCUAGAACGUAAAAUACUCCGUGACGUCUUUAAUACAUAGUUUAUAUUAACCUCUCUGAAACGGCCAUUGUAGGCCAAUCAUCACGAUAUUCCAAUCCAUUUUUUUUUCAGAGCUAUAUGUGGUCUGCACGUGUAUUUCAUGUGACUUGUAUAUUAAGGUGGCAACGUAUCAGUGCUUCUCGAGACAAUUACAAGGCUCUGGUGAAAAUUUUCUGCCAUCAAAAUCUGUGUUUGACCUUUCGCGAUCUUUUAUAAUACAGUCGCGUGAUCUCCCAAGUCAAAGUCCAGAAACGACCCCCUAUGUUUCCACUACACUCUUUUUUUUUUUAUAAGAAUAUACUUUAUAAGAAUAUUGAGGCUGAAAUUUGCGAAAUUUUAAGAAUAUUUUAAGAAUAAAGCCGAGGCUGAGAUUUUGAAAAGGAUAGGUAUAAUUUUGUGUGUUGAAACAUCUGUAAAUACAAUACAAUUUUAUGUUUUUAACUUAACCGUAUAAAAUUAUUCCUUUCUCUGAACAGCGAAACUAGCCAACAAAACGAAAAAACCUGCACUAGCUAUAGCAAAAUGUUCAACGCUAAUGACAGUUCGAUGAACGGUACAUGUAAUACAUAUACACAUACCCCAAUAAAUUCUAAAACGGAAAUGUCAAUAAGCUAUAAUUUAAGAAUAAUACAAGAAUAUUUUCAGCCUAAAAUCGGCAGAAAAAUAAGAAUAUUCAACCUGGGCCGGAAAAACAACAUUCUUAUAUAAAAAAAGAGUGUAUUUUAUUGGCUUUAUAAUGAUCUCCUAUUUCAACACACGAACGUAAGUUGGGCAAAUUUCAGUCUAUUUCAUCCCUGUUCCUUGCGCUUUAGCAAGGCCUAAAAAACUAGCCCCCUUAACGAUUUUUUAAAUGCUUUAGCCCAAUUUCCUCAUGAUAGCUGGGAUCGCUGAAAGACGUCUAGUGAGCUGAAAGAUUGUAACAACCCUUAUAGUCUUUCUGGCAGGCACUCAGUCUAAACGGGUAGAGAAAGGAGGAAUUUCGGGAUGGGGAAUUCGGGCUCGCAAUGGAACAAAUGGGAAGGGCCUUUCCUUUUCCCUCGCAGACCGUUCGCGUCCUCGCGCAGCCGAAGAUCGAUCCUCUUGCCCUUUCUUCUUUUCCGCUCGCCUAUCACGCCGGCUACAAUCACAAAGGGACAGCAGCGGAGCCAAGGUGACUGGGGUGGGGAAUUAAGCCCUCUCCCCACUUUCUACUCCCCACUUCAAGUCACUCGUCAGUCGGCUCCCCACCUUCCCCCACUUCAAAAAAUCCGUCUUCCGUGUAACGAUUAUAGGGAAACCACUCAAACCAGCAUCAGCAUUCGCUGAUGUCUGUUUAUAAAAGUUUCACAUAGCGCGACAUUAUUGGCCUACCUGUCCUCAUCAAGGUUACUUUUUUUUCGGGAUGGGGUAUGUUUCGAUCGCAUACCUCCCGCUUUUCCGCAAUGAAUACCCUUUGCGCUAAGAGACAAUUUUAGGGACAUAAAAAAUGGCGAUGAAGUUGCCGAUAGGCUCAUGGAAUCACCUAAAUUCCUUCAUAUUACUGUUAAUCCCAAGGUGACAACUUUUAUCAUCUUGGAGUAAAAAACGUAGAUGACAAGAGAUUCAAAGAAACAUUUGAGGAUGUGUUUACUGCCAAAUCGCUCAUGACUCCUUGGUACUUCUGCGCGGGAAAUCAUGAUCACUAUGGAAACGUGUCAGCCCAGAUCGCUUACAGCUCCAAGUCAAAACGCUGGAAUUUUCCGGACUAUUACUAUACCAAAUCCUGGAAGAUUCCUGGUAAGUACAAUAACCCAUUAUUAAGGUUGACAGAUGACAGGUGACAUCAACCUUGUUCCGAGGGCAUUUCUCUUGACAAUUGGUAGGGGGAAAAGGCCCGCCCCCCUCCCACUUUUCAAGGGGAUAUCCCUUGGACGAGGUUGGGGGUGAUAUGGCGUUUUUGUAGGCAACCAGCCUAGUUGAGAUAUAUCGACUUUCAAUAUUGAUUGCAUUUACAGCAGUCUAGUUUGGUUUAUGUUAAAAGAGGGAAAGCGAAAGAAUCGAAUGAAUCAAGCAUACACGCCUGCUUUCAGAAUUUUCUCUGUGCAGUGGUAACUAUGCACGCAAGCUAUGAUAAGUCUAGUAGAAUAGCACUAAUAUGAUCCUUACGGCAAGAAGACUGACCAAAAAAACAUAGCAUCCAAUAUUAAAUUUAUUUGCCCAGUAUAAAUUUUUUGUUUGCAAAAAAAAAAAAGAAAAGAAAAGAAAGAAAACUCUCUACGUGGGUUUAGUAUUAAUGAUUUUUACUGAUGCAAGUGCACACUAGUAUCAGGCACGCUUCACUUGUUUUUCUUGGUUUUUUUGCGUUUAUUUUUUGCCAAGUAUACGCCCUCACUUGCCUCAAAAGGUUCCUCAAAAGACCUUUAGUCUUUCGUUCAGAAACUUUGAUAUGCCGAUUCCUUGACCAUCCUACCAUCCUUCAAAUAAUGAAGAACCCUCUUUUGGUGUAGACUAUAGUCUUCAUCUUUUUUAUCCUGUUUUGGCUAGAUAAUAUUUAUAUAUAUUGUGUUCCUGCUCAUUCAUUAAAAAAUUAUCUGACAUUAUACAUAUGUUGGCUGGUUGUGUCGUUCUUCAAGGUUCUGACAUUGAACUUCAGUUGGUUCUUCUGGACACGGUUCAACUCUGCGGCGACUCGGGAGACGAUCACUUCAACACACAGCCACAAGGUAAACUGUUAUAUUACCAUAGCUAAAGCUGAACUUUAUUAAAUAAAAAUUUUCCCUGUGUUUACAUUUUUCUACCCUUAUUUAGUCCACUAUCGAUUCAACCUCAUUUCCGAAGAAAGGCAAAACGAAAAAUAAAAAACAACAACAACCAGACUGCCCCCUUAAGGACAGUUGCUCAGAAUCUGAAUCAUAUUAGAUGAAAUAGCAAAGUUUGGUAUACUGACACAGGUUAACGGUGUCAAGAAGGUUGCUGUACAUCCCAAUCCUACCCCCACCCCCACCUCGUCAAAUUACCCAUGCAGUAUGACCUCCUAUUGCUGGUUUGCACGUGACUUCACGGCGGCCAUGUUAGUGGUCAAGAACAAAUUAAAGCAUUUCUCCCCUCUGGGAGCUAAACAAAAUAAAAAUGAAUGAAUAAUGAUUUGCAGAUUAGCACAUCCACAAAGGGGUUCGUGUCUACCUAUUCCCGAAUUGACAUUUGGGGAGAGGGGAAAACGCCCGGAAAAAACCUUUUAUGUUAACAACAAACUAGAUUGAUCUAUAUGUUUGAACCAUUUUGAGGCGAGCGACUUACCACUGAUAAAAGUAAAGGUCCAUUUUACAUGAAAUUCUUCUAGAAAAGAUUCUAUUGUAUUGACCCCAACACGGCCGCCUUAAUUGUUACGUGGUUGCAAACCAAGAAUUGGACUUGCAGUUGACUAAAACGUUAAACCCAAUUGCCUUGUAGAGCCUGAAUCACAGAAGGCAUCCGAGAUCCAAUGGAAAUGGAUAGAAGACACUCUUCAAUCAUCUACAGCCCAUUAUCUGAUCGUGGGGGGCCAUUUCCCUGUGUGGUCAGUUGCUGAACACGGUCCUACGGACUGUCUGGUCAAUAGACUGAGACCUCUGUUACAGAAGUAUAAAGUGACUGCUUAUAUUAGCGGACACGAUCACAAUCUGCAGGUAAACUUGCUUGUUUUCUGCAUUCUGUUAAAGUACUUCUUGGUUUUUAAAUGCUAGCCCCUUUAUUUAUUUGAACUUAUGCAGGAAUAAUUAAUAUUCAUCAGAAGAACCUGAAAAAAGUUUUUUUUUGUUUGUUUCUUUGAUUGUUAAAACUGUUGACAAUUUCGUCAUGAUUUAGUAAGCUGUAGUUAUUAUUAUUAUUAUUAUUAUUAUUAUUAUUAUUAUUUGGGCGUUUUCUAAACCUAAAAUAUAAAAAAUUUCGAUCACUUUUGUUAAUGCUUAGAAUAUGUCCUGACUAUUUUCUUUAAUUCUUUAACCCUUUAUCGAUUCCUCACAGCACUUGAAGGAAUCCAACUCAUCAGUUGAAUAUUUCGUCAUUGGAAGUGCCGCCUACAUAGUUGACAAAAAAACCCACAAAAACUCAGUACCAAAGGGCAGCUUGUCAUUUUUCUGGGCGGACGCCGAUAAGGAAGGAGGAUUUGCUGCUGUACGUGUCGCGGCGACCAACAUGACCUUAGAGUUUGUGGAUGCUUUUGGGGCUUCUUUGUACAAACGGCAACUAUAUCCUCGAAAUAUCCACUUGACCUUCAAGUGAAUUAUGCAAUAUUAGACUCUUUCACCCGGCUUUUCCAACUUUUGACAUGAGCAAGUUAGAAAAAAAAUCCGUAGACUCCAAUGAAGAGAGCGCCUUUAAAUUAAUGAUAUUGCCAAGUUUACAACGAUAUUGCUCCUCAAAGUCGCGAAAUUUUACAGACGUUCAAACUUGCCCCCAAAUUUUCGCAACUUUCCGCGGAGCUGUAUUGCGAUAUCGUCGCUCCUUUAAAACGUAUCACUUUCAAACUUGGCAAGUUUUUUAAUUUGAAGGUGCUCUUUCCAACGGUGUUGACGGAUUUUCCCUAACUGGUCCAUGUCAAGGUUGAAAAAAACUAACGUAGUGUAAGGAGCCCUUAUUCCUUGCAACUUCUACUAGUAGAAUCGAGAUUAGCGCAACCCAGAAGCCGGCUUAGCUUUUUGACAAGGAAACUUCGUUACAAUGAAGUGUAGUAGACCUUGUUCCCUGAGGAUUGCCUCGGGGGAAGCGUAUUCUUCGCGCGUUUGCGUUGUUCGCUCGCACGUAACAUGCUUGUUCGCGCGACAAUCCUGAGGUAGUAGUCGACAUUCACAUUCACAUUGCCUACCGUGGUCGCUCUGCACAUGGGCCUUAUUCACACGGCGGCCAUAUUGUCCCGAGAGACUGAAAAAGCUUUGUUUUACCUCCCUCGACCUCGCAAUGAAAAACUUAGGGACGAGGACAGGUUAAACAAAGCUACUUUGAUACCUUGGGACAAAAUGGCCGCCGUGUGACAAAGGCCCAUUCACAGCCCUUACGUUUCGGGUCCCGUGGCCUGUUUGUCUUUGAUAAGUCAACGAAAUGCGUUGACCGAGAAGGCCUGGAAAGUCGCCCGUACAUGGACGGGCAAGACAAUCGGUACUUUCAACUCCCGUUAUUACGAACACCAGUACAACACCGGGUUUUUUCUUAAAAACGUUUGCGUUGGAGGGAUUACCCUAACAAACCCUUUGCAUACACCCAUAUCAAUUUGAAAAUGUUGCGGUACAAUUUUAUCCUUGGUUUAAAUUUUAUUUUCUUUUGUUUCAAAAUCAUUAUCUAACAUGACCAUACCCAAAAACAAAAGAAAAUAGAAUUUAAACCAAGGAUAAAAUUGAACCACAACAUUUACACAUUGACUGAAAUGCGAAUACAAGAACACAACAGGGAUUUUUGCUGUUUAUACAGUUUAGAUUUUGAUUGAAAGGCAACAUAAAAAGCGACAAUCUAGCCAAAAAGACACGGGCGGUGACACAAAAAUGGGGAAAAAAAACAGAUUUUCGUGAAAUGUAGACAUUCGAAGCUGGUGUACGACACGUGUGAUUAGGACAGAAAAAUGGGUUCGAAAUUCCGUAAAUUAUAAAGUCCGUGUUAACGGGGGUUUUAAACUCAAAUGUCUUUGAGUUUUGUUGGAGAUUC